ACGCUUGCAACACCGGGCGCCGGCACCAACCACGUCGCGUCCGUGCCGUACGUACGCGUGCGUGAGCGGGGCACCGCGCGUUUGCCCACUCGCUCCUCGCUCGCUCGCUCACGGUCCAUGUAUAUAUAUUACUGCUACGAGCUCCGUUGCUCUUCAUCGGGAGUAAAGCAGUUUAACGUGAUGGGGGAGAUGCACCAGAGCGUGCAGGCGCUGGCGGCGUCGCUGGGCGCGGUUCCGCCGGAGUUCGUGCGGUCGGAGCACGAGCAGCCGGGUGCCACCACGUUCUGCGGGGCCGACGCGCCGGAGGCGCCCGUGAUCGACAUGUCGGAGCCCGGGUGCGGCGCGCGCAUGGUGGAGGCGGCGAGGGAGUGGGGGCUCUUCCAGGUGGUCAACCACGGCGUGCCCGCGGCUGUGGUGGCGGAGCUGCAGCUCGUGGGGCGGGCCUUCUUCGCGCUGCCGCAGGAUGAGAAGGAGCGGCACGCCAUGGACCCGGCCUCCGGGAAGAUCGAGGGGUACGGCACCAAGCUGCAGAAGGACCUUGAGGGCAAGAAGACAUGGAACGACUUCUUCUUCCACGUCGUCGCGCCGCCGGAGAAGGUCGACCACGGAAUAUGGCCCAAGGACCCCGCCGGCUACAGGGAAGCGAACGAGGCGUACUGCGCGCACAUGCAGCGGCUGACGCGCGAGCUGUUCGAGCACCUCUCGCUGGGGCUGGGCCUGGAGAAGGGCGCCAUGAGCGAGGCGUUCGGCGGUGACAAGCUGGUGUUCCUGCAGAAGAUCAACUUCUACCCACCGUGCCCGCAGCCGGAGCUCACGCUCGGCGUCGCGCCGCACACCGACAUGAGCACGCUCACCAUCCUCGUGCCCAACGAGGUGCAGGGGCUCCAGAUCUUCAGGGACGGCCACUGGUACGACGCCAAGUACGUGCCCGGCGCGCUCAUCGUCCACAUCGGCGACCAGAUCGAGGAUCCCAAGGGCGACAGGACCCAAAAACCUGGUUUCACAUUCGUCGGUACACACUGGUGCAACGGGAUGUAGUAGAUUACGUGUGACAGUGGAGCAGAGAGAAAUUUGUAAAACCCUAAUUACGUGUGGUGUCUCACAUCUCUCAUUUAUGCGGCGGCUGACAAAUAUAUAUAGAGGGAGAGUCGUGUGGUUGAGAUGUACCACGACCGGAGACGGUUAUGUCAUCACGAUUAGAGUCUUGACCAACAUGAUUUUCAUAUAGUUAUUCGUUUGCCCACGUAGCAAAAAGAAAGAAACGGCAAAAGGAAGACAUACAUGCGCAAGCAAUCAAACCAUAUUUCGAUGGACCAUUCCCGCAGGUGUCAUGCGCCUGCGCCCUUUGCUCCUGCUCUGGCCCCAGCCACAGCCUGUUGAAGUGAGCGAGCGCGUGUGUGUUCUUCUAGUCCUCUCAUCCACAUAUGCUAAAUUGGUGGAGGAGAUAAACUGGUUUAAGUUGGUCUUCAUCCACUUUUAUUAGCAAGGUGGUACUAAAGAAUACGCACAUCUCUCACAUGGUUGAGCAUAUAAUGGGCUAAGCCUAUAUAUUCUAACAAUCACCCAUCACAUCUAAAAGUCCCACGAAGAUUUACCUUUUUCUUAAUAUUGUUUGAUAUAUUAGUGUUUCAGUGGAGACGGUUAGGUUGAACAUACACCUAGAACAUCAAGCUACACGCAUUCAGAACUUGACAAUGGACUAAGUCUUGAAUUGCAAGUCUUGUGCUAACAAGUUUCACUUAGAGUUAUAACUGAUACUAGGUUGAUAGUAGGCUACACCGCGAGUGGAGCAUAUAAGUUAUACUUCAUGGUCUCUUCAUGAAUUUAUUAGAGAUCACCCAAGUCUUAUAAACUACAACCAACAGUCAGGCUCAUAUAUGUGUUCUUUCAAAAAUAACAUAUGUUAGCAUCUUCACUAAUUAAAGCCAACAUAACACAUUAAGGCAAUAGCUAACCUACCUUACAGAUUUCGAGAGUCUUGCAUCUUUACCCGAGUAGGUUGUGUGGUACUCUCAUUCAGUUAACCAAUAGCUUGUUCUUCUCAGGUCCUAAUUCACAGGAUAUCUGAUCACAUAGGUUAGGUUGCCACUAUUGUAUAACUCAUAUGGGUCUCAUACUCAUCUCCUUCGAUGAAUUAUCUAUCACAUUUCGUGAUAGUUUCUUUGUAAAUUAAUCUACCAGAUUUUUAGCUGCUUGGAUAUAAUCCAACGCUAUCACUCCAGAGUUUCUUAAUUUUCUGACAGAUUCAAUUUUCUCUUUACAUUCACUCAAGAAGUACAAUCCACAUGAUCCGACCUAAGUCUUUUGAUUUUUCUUUCCAAUAGAUUUUCAAUUUCUGCCUUAUAGAUCUUUCGAUUUCAACAAAUAUAUAU